UGGUGUUGGUGAUUGGUGAUUUAAAAAACCUUGAAUCACUUCUGUUCCAUUUUUAUUUAUUUAUCAAGUGUGCACACCAACGGGGAGCACUGAAGGGCAGAGCUGGCUAGGAUUUUUGAAAAAGUAUUUUCGUCUGUUUCAAGGACUAUAUUGGUCCUAUUUUUGUCUCAAGUUGGUGUCCUAACGUGAUUUCUAAAUCACCGCAAGCCAUGAGUUCCUUGGUAAUGAACACAGUAGGUGAUGGCAACGGCAGCUUUGACCUCAUCCAGAACCGGAUUGAGUCACUUAGCAGCAAAAUGGACAAGCUCAUCAACAUUCAAGAAAAGGUCCUCAACCGGCUAGAUGGGAUGUCUCAGGACAUAGACGGCAUUGAAAAGGAUAUGGAGAAUCUGAAAGUUGACCAGGAGGAGAUCCAUAUCCCACCAAAGAUGAUGAAUCAGACGCAGGUCAUGGGUCGAGAAGUUAGGGAGAUAUGCCAGGAGAUGAGCACCAUAAUGUCGGUGGUGAACCAGCGGUCCGAGCUGCAGGCUAACAAGCUUGAAGGAAUGGAAAAGCUGGUCCUCAACAUGCAGCAAGUGAUCAGCUUUAUUGGGGAGACGGUGAAGAGUUCUAGGGUUAUGAAGCUGAUGUUCAAAGGCCCUGCAACUCGGAAGGGCUCCAAAUCCAAAGACAAAGCCAAGCAAGCCAAUAAAAGGAAAUCAUCUGACACAAUAAACAAGAAGCUUGACCAGUUCAAGGACCACAAAGCUAAAGAUGGGACAGAUAAACCGUCUUUGAGCCCUAAGGGCCUGAAGGCUCAGAAGAAGAUGAAGCCUCCAGACACAACAGAAAAUAUCUCCCUUAAGAAGCAGGUGCUGCUCUUCGAAGAGGUGCAGAAACUCAACAGGGAGAAUGCACAGAAGUCAGGUCACAAGACAACCACUGGAUAUCUGGAUCUGGAGGCCGGAGUGUCCCCUAAAAGUCAACAACCUGACUCGCCUGCGUGCAACCUGGUUGACCUCCUGCGUGAAGAUUCCCAAACAGAUAUGGGUGAGAAACACAAGGCGGUUAGUGAGGAGGAAGAACCACAGCUGGAUGUGCAGGAUGUGGUGAAAGAGGAAGACAAGCUCCCAGAAGAAAAGAAGGAAGAGGAAGCAUCUGAUGAACAAGAGCUGCCUGAGGCAAAUGGGGAUGAAAAAGAGAACACAAGUGAUGACCACAAAGAUGCCUCCACAUCUCCAGAGGCUGAGCAGGACCAGAUAUCAGAAGUCAGCACAGGUACCAUGUUGUGUCUGACCAAGGAACACUUCAUAGUGGAGGAACACACCGAGGGGAAGCUGGAGGAUGAAGAGGAAGAUCAGAGCCUCGAGUCUGAGGGCUGGGCUGUCUUCAGCACAGAUGGCAUGGAUUUCCAGUUAAACCUAAAACAAAGGGUGGAGAGAGCGAGAGAGGAAAUGGAUGAAGAAAAGGAAGAUGAUGAAGAUGAAGAUGAAGAGGUAGAGCGGUACUUCAUUGACACCAGUCUUCCUCCAUCGGCCCCUUUUAAUCACCGCAUUGUUUCUGCCAAGCCCAACCAGAUCAUCAACUUCUACACCAUCAACUGGCAGGAGGUCCUGGGCGGGGGUCGUUUUGGCCAGGUGCACAAAUGUGUUGAAAACUCCUCUGGUCUCACUUUGGCAGCAAAGGUCAUCAAAGCCAGGAGCCUCAAGGAAAAGGAGGUGGUGAAGAAUGAGAUCCAGGUCAUGAAUAAUCUGGACCAUGCCAGCCUGAUCCAGCUCUAUGCAGCUUAUGAGUCAAGGAAUGACAUCAUCCUUGUACUUGAAUAUGUUGGUGGAGGGGAGCUGUUCGACAGGAUAAUUGACGAAAACUACACUUUGAUGGAGCUGGACGCCGUACUGUUCAUCAGGCAGAUCUGUGAAGGACUGCAGCACAUGCACAAAAUGUACAUCCUACACUUGGACUUAAAGCCCGAGAACAUUCUGUGUGUGAGCAGAAUCACAAAUAAGGUCAAAAUCAUCGACUUUGGCCUUGCUAGGAUAUACAAACCACGUGAAAAACUGCGAGUUAAUUUUGGCACCCCGGAGUUUCUCGCUCCUGAAGUCAUCAACUACGACUUUGUGUCGUUCAACACAGACAUGUGGAGCCUCGGGGUCAUUACCUACAUGCUUCUGAGCGGUCUCUGUCCCUUCCUUGGCGACGAUGACAACGAGACUCUGAACAACAUCUUGGCCUGCAAGUGGAACUUUGACGAACAAGAGUUUGUUGAUACAACUGAAGAAGCCAAAGACUUCAUCUCUAAACUCCUCAUUGUGAAUAAAAGUUGGAGGAUAGGGGCAUCUGAGGCCUUGAAACAUCCUUGGCUAUCUGACCCCGCCCUUCAUCAUCGCCUUCAUACAAAGAAAACUAUGUGCAGAUCUCGGAGAUCAUCGUGUGUGCCCCAGAAUGACAGCUGAGGGCGACAGUGAUGUGAUGGCUUGAGCUGCGGCCACUUGGACCAACCCUCCUGUCCACGUAAAUUACCUUUACUUUUCAGGCUACCCUACAUGUGAUCCAAUGAUGUUGUGCUAAUGUAAUCAAUAUUCAAAAAAGCAUACACAGAAAAAUCAAUUUGUGAAUUUAGGAUUUAUAACUGGAUCACCCUGCAUUAGACUGUCCCUUUAUAAAAAAGAAUGUGCAAUUUAUGAUUGACAAAAAAACCAUCAAAUGGCACCUCAACUGUUUUGGUUUAUCGUAUAUAUAGCGUUUCAAAAACAAUGUCAUAAUCUUAACCUACUUUCUUCAUGUAAUAUCAUAUAAGAGCUUGAUUGUGUGUGGCAUCUGUGCCUUUAAAGUUGAAUGUGCUCUAUGUACUUUACAUUUGAAAUAUCCACCCAGUGAGGCACUCUCAUUGUUCUCUAACCAAAUACACUGUGCUGUUAUUGUUCGCUGCUUUUGUAUCAAGGAUACAUCAUGUGUUGUAUUAGCUGAAUCUAAUAAUAUAAGUUGCAUUUCUCCCCUCUCAGUCACAAAUAAUAUCCAAUAUAUGUUUCAUGCUGUAAAUAAUUGCUCCUCGGUAGAUUUAAAUUCAAAUGUUCUAAUAUCUUAGGGGAUGGUCUCCAUUAAAUUGGUGGAUGUGUAUUGUACGUAUGGACAGAAUGGGAUUCGUACGAUCGGUGUCAUGAGCUGUAGUAUGUGCACUUUAUAAAGUUAUUUAUUUAAACAUAUUAUACAUGAAGCUACAUAGUUCCAUUGAAAAAGCUUGUGUGGUCAGAUGUACUCAUAUCCUACUUUGUCUGGGUGUAAUAAAGAACAGUUUUACUUUACAUCAAACCAACACAGUUUAUGUCUUAUCACCCUACUGUAUUAUUUAAUUAUUUGUGCAUGUUUUCUAUGUAUAUUUAUCCAUUGAAACUUAAACUAGAUACACAUAGAAAUAUAUUUUAUAAACUUUUUUUCACUCUAGCUGCAUAUUCAUGCUACUGUAGAUGCUUUUUCACAUAAAACAAAGAUAUAACUAAAAUGCCUUCUGUGAAGGUUCCCUAACUGAAAGUAAUACACUACCUACCUAACAUUGCCUACAAUGAUACAAUGUUGUUAGACCUAUAUUUAUGUGGUUUUAAUUUAACUUCAUUAUGAAUGUGACUUUAAUUGUUGUUGAACACAGAGUGCUAGUAAAAUAAGUUGUCCUCACGCAGUGUUAACAAUUUCAGUGUGUACACAUCCAAUAAACUGAAAUUGAGUCUUGA